AUGCCUUCGACACUCGCCGGAGCGGGAAACUGGUCGGCGUCGGCAGCUUUCGCCAGCAAUGGCAACGGCGCCUCUGCAGCGUUCGGUUUCGGUGGUGCUGGCGAUGGCAGCGUCACAUCCAAGAAGGAGAGACGAAAGAAACGAAACGAGCCAAAAGUUGGCGGUAACUCUGGCAACUCUGGCAAUGGCGAUAACGGGGAGGAUAACAGACGCCGCAAAGGCGACAAGCAUGGGCUGCAAGGGCCCAACUCGAUGAAACGACGAGCUGAUGGCCAUGGAUCUAUUCAAAACAGCGACCCUGCUCAGAGCAACGAUGCAUAUGAAGUGGACGAUCUCCCAGACUCCCUUGUCUUCGGGGGCUCGUACAACCUCUCAUCAUCCACCACCGCUUCGUUCCACGACCAGUCUCGAGCCAGCGACGAGUAUGCCGAGAAGAUACACAAUCAGCUCAGUGCCGAUGGCAUACAUCCACCUGCAUGGCCUCCGAAUCCAGGCGCUCCCAGCAGCAAGCAAGCCAUGGCCAGGUUCAGGGAGACAUACGAGGCCUACCGCAGCAAAGCCCGGGCCUCUUUGACACGAGCCGGACUGAUAGACGACCCCAACAAGCGAAAGCGUUUGAGCGAGGCCAUUCCGUUCAAGGGCAUUUGCGACGAAAAGUGUCCCCAGUAUGAAAUGAUCCAGCGCAUCACAGAAGCCGACGUGCCGAGCGCCGAGCGCGACAAGAAUGGGGAGGAUGCGCGGCUGGAAUACAUGGUGAAGAAGCUGGCCCGCUCUGCCGCCGGCCAGGAGGCGCCAUUGCCGAUGGAUGUGCGUUCCACUCGCGCUCUUGGAGUUUCUCUCAAUUACCUGUUCCGUCAUGUGCUCAGGGACGAGUCGAACCUGCGCAAAGUCCACGGCUUCGUCUGGGACCGCACCCGGGCCAUCAGACGAGACUUUGCCUUCUUUUCCAGCAUGCUGAAGGCGGAGACAAUCACACAAGUCUAUGUGCUCGAGAACAUUGCCCGGUUUCACGUCGCCUCUCUGCAUCUCUUGCCGCGACAAAAACAAGCGGGCGAAAGCAUCGAAGACGUCUUUUCGGAGCACCAAGAGCUCGAGCAGCUUGGAAAGACACUCUUGUCUCUGCGGGACGUCUACGACGAUUGCAACGAACAGAACAUACAAUGCGACAACGAAGCCGAAUUCCGCGCAUACUACCUCCUCUUUCACGGCCGCGACCCUGCCAUUGUCGAAACCUUGCAGCUCCAAUGGAAUGACCGCCUCUGGGAGGAGUCUGAGGAAGUUAGAAUCGCUCUGACUCUGGUGGAGGUCUUGCAUAACAGCCAAGAUUUCAUCGGCUCAUCGAAGCAUAGAGAGGACGGGCCGUUACUGGCCGCGGCGAGUGCAUACAGCAGCUUUUUCGACAUCGUUCACAGCGUUGCCGUAUCCUACACCAUGGCUUGCUUCGCAGAGUGUCACUUUCCGCACAUUCGACGCGCCAUCUUGCAGUCGAUCAAGCGGGCCAUGUGGAAGCCAAAGCCGCCGAUGCAGGAUAUCACGGCCGAAAUCUUGAACGGAUUUCUUCGAUACGACACCGUGGACGAAGCCAUUGAGUUUGCCGAAAAACACGGGUUCGAGUUUUCGCGGAGCGGAAGCCCAAGCCAAUGGACCAUCAUUUUAAAGGACAGGUUGCCAGUUCCAUUCGUCAAGAUUGAUCAUCAGUUUUCCCAGGAGCUGGUCGAAAAAAAGAGGGGGAACUGGCCGCUUCAUGAAGUCCUUCACCGGACGGUGUUUGAACGAGUUGGAAGCUCGGAAUACGCACCGGCCAGGCAGGACGAGAGCAGUCUAUUCGUCGCGUCCGAUGACGAAUCUACCCAACAAAUGCAGCAGCAAAAGAAUGCAGCUGUUGGUCCUGGGUUGGAAACAGUGGCCAAGAGUGCAUUUGGUGAUGCGGCCGGGUCCCAUCAAAAGCCUCGAACGAUGGCCCCGUUCGUAUUGGAAUCAGCUUCAGACCCGGAGUCCGAUGCGGAUCUGCCCAAGGUACCAACGCGCCCAGAGACUGUCACUAAUAAUGCCGUCUGGGGCGCACCGAGAUUUGGACAGUCUGGCAUGCCGUCUGAUGGCGCACAGGCGAAGCAGAAUCCCUUUGGUACAAUCAUCAAACUGCCAGACAUGCAACAAGGGCUCAAGCAAGACGGCACGGCACCGAUAAAGCCGAAUCCGUUCGCAACCGGAUCCGAAAGCAAGGCAACUGUUUCGGCAUCAGCAGGCAGUCAGAACCCCUUUGCGACAUUCGCUGCCCAGAAACUCGGCGGGCUCUUUUCUUCCGAUACCAACCAGGGGAGUUUGGCGCCCACAAAGCCCAACCCUUUUGCUCCGUCCAGUGCCAACAGUGUGAGCAGCUUGUUCGGCAACAAGACUACACACCAGGCGUCCGUUGAUAGCAACCCCUUUUCUGGAUUCGGCACACUUGGCAACAGCGGCAGAACAGCUUCAGACAAGAUAAUGCCGAGCAUAUUGGCUCAGUCUUCACAAAAGUCCCCGACAACACCUUUCCCGGCUUCUCUUGGCAAGCCGGUCUUGGCUGGUGACGGUUCGUCGCCAUCGGCAAUAACCACCACUGCAAAUUCAAUACUACCGGCUCCCAUGAAACAUGCGCCUAUCACCUCGCUGUUCUCAUCUUCUACUUUUUCAGCUUCACCAUCAACCGCUCCUUCGAUUCCAGCAUUUUCCACGGCCCAUCUCCCUUCGGCGGCCGGAGGUGUGACUUUGAAUUCUGGACCUCAAGUUCCGACGGAAGUUAUCAAGGCCAGUCGUCAGGCAUCACUCACCAACCUGGGAGCACAAUCUUCUCCUCCCUUCAUCCCUGCGUUGCCAAGCACCUCUGCUCCACAACGUGUUGACAAGCAGGACAAUAUCCCGUCCGUUUUAAGUGAGGCAGCGCCUGCACUAACUUCAGGCAUCCUCGGCAAUGCAAACGUCGCCCAUUCAAGCCUGCCACAAGGUGCUGCAGACCAAAGUCUACUUUCACAGCCUGCCACUACCCCUGCGUCCGCCGGGAACGCUUCAGAGAAGAAAGGAAUUUCGAUCUCGUCAGGUUCGGGUUUGUUCAUUACCAAACCGGAAGACUCAACUUUGUCGGUGCCUCCUCAGCCUCUUCCUCUGGGAGAGAAAGUCAAAACGUCCAGUCCACGACGGGACUUGCUGGGCGAUUUCAACAGGUGGUUCGUUAUGGGUGACGAGGGCCUUUUAUCCGAGUUUCUGAUUGAAUCUGUCACGACCAUUACUCGUGACGCCUUUGAACAGUACGAAGUGGAAGUCGAGGAGAAAACGCGGCUUGAGGAGAUAGCGAAGACGAAUGCUGAAGUUGAGAAGUUUCGCGUUUACAACCUGUCACUGAAGUUUUUCUACCGUUGGAAGCGGAACGCGCGAGAAAAGCGGCUUCGCCAAGUUCGACGGCAAGGCCGAGACGAAAUGCGGGCUUUUUAUGCCGCUCGGUCCGCCGCCGAAAGCAAAGCGCGAAAAGAGACACAGGAGGCCGAGAAGGAUUGCAAGGUCGGAACAGGAUCAUCUGCCUCGGUGCGGUCCGAAUUUCUCAGCAUGAUAAGGAGCAAGAAAAAGGCCAAGGAUGAUGCGGCGGAGUCUCUACUCGCCAGUGGCAUCUUGUCUGGUUUGAACGGGGAGCGAGAGGCAGUUCAAGCCAUCGUCGAUGGCGACUUUUUGCCAUCAGGUAACGCUCGACCAGCCAGCAGCGUGGUACUGGGGUUGGGUCGAACCAGGGGUUCGACGCAGGCUGCGAUCAACGGCGAUGAGGCCGAGGUCCGACGACUCUCUCCCAUCAGGGCGAUAAGGGAGCGGUUCAGGGGGGUGCCUGGCGGGUCUGCAUUGGCACCUGGUAAAAGGAAACGAUAUCUGGAUGACGACGGCAUUGCCAAGUCUGGGAGUGUCGAAGGCGAUCCCAACAAACGAGUCAUCAGCGAUUCAAGCACAUCACGAUUGGCAGGCAACAUCGAAACGUCGCCAACGAAUAAGAGGAAGAGGUCAAUCGAUGAAGAGGAGAGGGUCACGAUGGACGAGGGCAUCUCGCACAAACGAAUUUUGAGCGAUGCCGCCAAGGUCAGGUUGGAACUCAAGGCUCUUCAGGCGGAGCUGGAGGAGGGGGCGGAGUGGUAUCGGUCUCAAACUGGGAGAUUCAGAAGCGAAUCCGAGGGCAGGGGCGCGUCUUUGUUUGACGAAAGCAUGUAG